GUCCCUGAGUCCCUCUUCAGACUCACGCAACCACACGCAAUGACGCAGAACGCAGGAACAUCACCGGCCUGGUGGUGCAAAGACCUGUGGAUCCAGUGGCAGUGGAUGCAUCUCCAGGGCUCUGGCAGCAGCCAGGUCCGCCAGCAGGAAGGUGAAGAGGAGGGUGAGCGUGGAGAUGGGGGGUUCCGAGGGUGAGGGCCCUCCUUAUGAGGAAGCCCCUCCCACAAGGAGGCACCAUCAGGCUGUGACCUGAUUGACAGGCUAGACUCCACCCCUACACUUUUAUAUAUCUUCCAGUUGACUUGAAACUAGGUACCUACCACCUGGUCUUUACAGGGACCCUUGAAGGCUCAUACUGGUAUUAUCCCCACUUGACAGUCGCUUUGCAAACAGGCAAGUUAAGGUUAAGACACAACCUGAAGAUCCUCCAGCCAGGCAGGAUUUGAACCCAGAGCCUCUAAGGCCUUAUCUCCAAGCCCACGACUGUUGAGAUGGCGAUCCUCUAGGGCCAGCCGACAGCGCUGCCUUGGGUUUGGAGGCUGUCGAUCUUGCUGGGACCACCAGGCUUCAUCUCCCCCCGAGCAGCUGGUGAGUCCAAACUGGGCCUUGGUGGUUGGCAGCCUGAUGGGUAACCCACACACCGCCCGGGCUCCCUUGAAGCUCCUCGACACACAGUGUCAUGGACACAGCAGAGGCACGUGGGGCAUCCAUGGGGUCCCCUUCACUGUGCCGGACACCUCCAGGCCACCCGGUCCCGCCUUCUCCACUUUCACCUGGUCUGCAGCCCUGCCCAGCCUUCCGGGUGCCACCCUUCCUCUGCCAACAAAGGCCUGGGCAGGGCUUUAUGAGGCUCUGAUAAGACACCAGGGUCAAAGUUCAGGCUCACUUCCUCUAUGCAGAAGGGUCAGGGAGGGGGUUUGGGGGACUCUGAGCUGAGCUCCGACCCAGGUGGUUUAGGCUCUGGCUAAUGAUAUCCACCGGAUAGGCUGAUAAGAGAAGGCAGCUUGCGUUGCCCUGGGAGAAGAGGGGGGCUGAGAUCUCCUUAGACCUUGCCCUUGCCCUGUCAGCCACUCCCUGGUCCCCGGCUAUAAGAGCCACCUGCCUCAUGUCACCGGUCCCCAUUUCUCCCGCUCUUCUUACAAGACACACCAUCAGCCUCGUCUCUCAAGAUGGCCUUUGUCCCUGCACCUGGCUACCAGCCCACCUUCAACCCGACUCUGCCCUACCUCCAGCCCAUCCCGGGGGGCCUCUGCGGGGGGAUGUCCAUUUACAUCCAAGGAGUGGCUAACGAGCACAUGAAGAGGUUUUUCGUGAACUUCAUGGUGGGGGACUCUGGACAGGACAUCGCCUUACACUUCAACCCCCGCUUCGACGGCUGGGACAAGGUGGUCUUCAACACCAAGCAGGGCGACCAGUGGGGCAGCGAGGAGAAGAAAAGAAACAUGCCCUUCAGCAAGGGCGCUCCCUUUGAGCUGGUGUUCAUGGUCAUGGCUGAGCACUACAAGGUGGUGGUAAACGGAAAUCCCUUCUAUGAGUACGGCCACCGGAUUCCCCUGCAGAUGGUCACUCACCUGGAAGUGGAUGGAGACGUGCAACUUCAGUCCAUCAACUUCAUUGGCGGCCAGCCGGCCCUACAACAGGACCCCCACGCACCCAUGGUGAUCCCAGCAUACCCAGGUCCGGGACAGGACCAGCCACCACUGAAUAGCCUGCCUACCAUGGAGGGACCCCCAGCCUUCAACCCGCCUGUGCCAUUUGUGGGGAGACUGCAAGGAGGACUUCGAGUCCGGAGAACCGUCAUCAUCACGGGCUUUGUACCCGUCUCCGCCGACAGUUUUGCCAUCAACUUCAAAGUGGGAGCCUCCGGGGACGUGGCUCUACACAUUAAUCCCCGGAUGAAGGAGGGCGCGGUGGUCCGCAAUAGCCAUUUGAACGGCUCCUGGGGGUCUGAGGAGAGGAACGUGGCCCACAACCCGUUUCGUGCUGGACAUUUCUUUGAUCUGUCCAUCCGCUGCGGCAUGGAUCGCUUCAAGGUCUUUGCCAAUGGGCAGCACCUCUUCGACUUCUCCCAUCGCUUCACAGCCUUCGAGAGGGUGGACACGCUGGAGAUCCAGGGUGACGUCACCUUGUCCUAUGUCCAGAUCUGAAUGAGCCCUGGGCUGCGCCCGCAGGGCCACAGAGUGAAGGGUGUCCUGGGAUCCCCUCCCAGCCCCCAAUAAAAUGUCUCAGGGUG